AUGGACGACAGGAACAUGGAUUCCAGCAGCUCUACAAUCACUGAUGUCGCAACGAAGCAUCCCAAAAGUAUAAUACACAUUGAUAUUGACUGUUUCUAUGCUCAAGUAGAAAUGUUACGGAAACCAGAAUUACGCUCAGAACCCCUUGGGAUCCAACAGAAAAAUAUCGUCGUAACCAGUAAUUAUGAAGCCAGAAAAUGCGGUAUCAAAAAAUGUAUGCUCGUCAGUGAAGCCCUAAAAAGUUGUCCUAAUCUUAAGUUAGUGAAUGGUGAAGAUUUACAUGAUUACAGAGCUUCUUCUAACAAAAUUUUUACACUAUUGCAACACUGGAAGAGUCCUGUAGAGAAAUUGGGAAUGGAUGAGAAUUUUAUAGAUGUCACAAAUUUGAUUCAAGAGAAAAUAAAAAGUACAAAUUUAAGCAACAUUAAAUUCACAGGUCAUUUAUACCGUGAACCAGAAACGGAAUGUCCUUGUGGAUGUCACACAAGACUGAAAAUAGCAUCACAAUUAGCUAGUGAAAUACGUCAAAAAAUAUUUGAUGAAUUAGGUUUUACUACUUGCGCAGGCAUCGCACACAAUAAAUUACUAGCUAAGCUUAUAUGUCCUUUACACAAACCCAAUGAGCAGACCCUGAUAUAUCCUGAGCAUGGGGAAGAAUUCAUGUCCACCUUUCAGAGUGUUCGUGCUAUUCCAAGUAUAGGCUCCAAGACCACAGAAACUCUUAUAUCACAAAAUAUCAUUUCAGUAAGUGACUUACAGCAAGUAGCAGUCGAUGUUCUAAAAAAGCACUUCAGUAGUGAUAUGGCUGUUAGAUUAAAGAACUUAUGUUUCGGUGAAGAUAAUACUCCAGUAAAACAAACUGGCAGACCACAGAGUAUAGGCCUUGAAGACAGUUUUAAAACAGUAAGCGUAAGAAGCGAAGUUGAAGAAAAGUUUUCAGCACUAUUACAAAGAUUGUUGAUGUUAGUUCGAGAGGAUGGCCGAAUUCCUGUUUCAUUAAGAGUUACAUUAAGAAAGAAAGAUGUCAAGAGGCUUAGUAGUCACAGAGAAUCGAGGCAAUGUCAGAUCUCAUCAUCAAUUUUUACAGUGAACGGUGGUGUAAUAACAAUUACAGAGGCUGGACAGCAGAAAUUGAUGACUAUAAUAAUGAGAUUAUUUAAUAAACUUAUUGACUUAUCUAAACCAUUCCAUUUGACAUUAGUUGGGUUGGCCUUUACAAAGUUUCAAGAGAGGAUGACUGGAAGAAGUUCAAUUGUUAAUUACCUCAUGAAUGACUUAUCUGUACAGUCAGUUCUUAAUAUUCAGAAUGAUUGUGAUACAUCUGCUUCCUCCAUGGACUAUUCAGCUGUGUCACCAAGCAGUAGCACCACUACAGAUCUCUCUGAUGGAGAAGUAGAACCCUCUCCAAAAAAACCUAAAAAAGUUAAUUGGAUAGCGAAAAGACGAUGUUUAUCGAGAGAAGAUGUCGCAUCGCCCAGUAAACUGAAAGUGGGGGAGUUAAGAUUAAAUUCAAAGGAACUUGAGAAAGUGUCCGAAUUAAGACUGAACUCGCGGGAUCGCUCGUUAACACCUCGAGCUAGUCCUGCAAAGGAUAACAUGUCAGAUACAUCUGACAACAUGAAGGACAUAGCGGAAGGUGGCAAUUGUGAUGAAUGUCCGAGUUACGUCGAUAAAGACGUAUUUAAUGCACUGCCCGAAGAAAUGCAGCAAGAGCUGAAGUCCAUGUGGAAGAAUCCAGCCAAUUCAGAACUGCCCAGAACUAGCACUAGGAACAUGAACAAAUCAAAGCCCAACUCAAUAUUGAAGUAUUUCGUUCCACAAAAAUAG